AUGCCUAAUAUUACAGUUAUUAUUUCGCCAAAGGCGAAUCCCCAUUUUUCGGAACCUACCGACGUUUGCCACAAUAAGUGUGAGUUAUGUGGGAAGAGUAAUAUGCAUUGAUAAGGUCUGACUCUGUUUUACCGAAAGUAAAAGGAAAACAUGGAAGUUUCUCCUGGGUGCUGAAAUAAUGAUUGAGCUUUUUGAGAGGUGCUAGUUUUUAUUUUAUUUCGAAGGGACGAAGUUCCAGUGGCCAGAACCCCUUUUUUGCCUUGGAGAUGGUUGAGCUAGAAAUUAUAAGAAAGUUUCUACGUGUAUUGGGUCGAUUUCAACUUCAAAUGAUUUUAAACUCAACUUAUAUGAAACACGAGAAAAUUUACAAAAAAGAUUGAUUUACUGAAUUGUUUUGCAGUUCGUUUGCGGAAACGCGUGGACUCUUCGCGACGAGAUGCCGUCGAAGCAGGCUUCGAGCCUCGCGACGCCGUCCUCCGCUGCCAUUCGACACAGUCACUUCGCGAUGCGCAGGCUUUCAAUAGAUCUGAGUUCCAGGUGCCAUUUUAUUAAUGUUUCACUCUCUAUCGACCAGCUACAUACAGGCCAGCGACUUAGUCUCUUCCAAUCCCAGUGGUCGGACUUCUGUCUCUCACACAGUUCUCAACUCUGUCGCUCCGUCAGUCUCCAGUUCGAAUUCUCGCAUUGCGACGAAAGUCAGACCCACUGCCAGCAGGUAGUCGCAGAGACGGCCUCGACAGCCUGAAGAUCGUCUUUUCAGGUCCUCGCACGACUACAAUGAAGUCCAUCAGCAAUAUCUCAUCGAGGAGCCUCAGAAGCGUCGAAGUCUCCAGGCUCUUAAUGGUCAGUGUUUUCCGUUCAUCAGGGACUGUCUUCGGGAAAAUAAAACGGUCUGAAAAGUUAGUGAUGAGAACUAGGUAGCGAGUUGUAUUCCAUGUCAGGCAAUUAAAUAAAUAAUAAAAAAAUAGUUCCUAUAGUUUGCAAAUUUUUGAAACAGACAACAGAAAUUUCAAAUCUGAGCCAGAAUAGAAUGAGUUUUUUCUUUACUUUUUUUACAAUGUCUUCCGUUUUUCAAGUCCAAUAUAUUCUAAAAAGAUCUGUAAAUGUUUUGAGUUUUGGCCGUAGAGAUGUUUGCAGGCCAAAGGAAACUUUCUGUAGUGAGUCACGUGGCUGUCUUUUAUCGUCAGGCGUUAUCAGUGCUCUUGUCAAACUGUAACCAUUUGCAUUGGCACUCGGUUCCGCUGCCUUCCAUUUCAGUUUCGAAGCUCCAGUAUAUAAUUUUGCAGCGAACUCGCUUUACCAAAUGACCAGCGAUCGGAUGGCGAAUUCUGAGCAAUGGCCCCAAGAAGAACACAUUUUCAAUGGUUUGUUCAUCAUUAAGAACACGUAUUUUCCUAAAUUUUCCCUAAAUUCUUUCCGUAAACUUUAGUGUGUGAGAAAUGAAACAUUUUUCUAAACAUUGAAAAAAUUCAUUGUUCUUCGUUUGUUCUUAAUAAUAGUUACUAGAAAAGAUUCUCGUUACCCCAUUACAAAGACACUUGAUUUUUUUUUGAGUUUUCAGAGCUAUCACUUUCUAAGAUAAAAAUUUUGAAUUAUUGAUAAAACAAUUUAAGUUUCAAAGGUGAAAGUUGUUCAUUUUCACUUGAUAAAAAGUAUAUUGCGAAAAAAACGUAAAUCAGCUGCUGAGUCAGAAAAAAACGGUAAGAGAGAGCCAAAAUAUUUCUAAACAUUUCAAAUAGUAUUUUUCUAAAAUUUUUUUAAUGCCUAAAAAGAAACCCUAUUCUGGCAAUACAGGAAAGUCAGUUCAAAACCUUAUUUGAAGAAAUUAUCAUUUAUUCAUCACUUAUUGUGUAGAAAUCAUCUCCAGUAAACAUAAUGCUUGAGUGGGAAUUUCAGGACAACACCAUGGAAUUUGCGACUCAACCACCCCGACUUUCCCCAACGAGUUAGUUUUAUUUCUAAUAUCCUUCAAUUGCAUCGUCGAGUUUCACGGUCCAUAUUGGUUCGCAAUAGAAAAGGUUUUUUUAAUAACUUUCAUCAUAAUUAGUUGGAAAAGUAUCCUUUAGCGCCUAAAAUGAAAAAAUUCUUGGUUAAAGAUCAUCAAAAAUUCAUUGGUUCUAACAAUUUUUCUUUGGGAUCUUUAAUUUUUCCCAGAGGCAAUGUUUAUAAUAAAGUAUUAGCGGAGUUAUUUUUGCGUUGGAAUCGCAAGUCACAACGUCGGAGACCUGCGGAACUGCUGUUUCACGGGCUUCCACAUAUGUUUCUCGGACUUUUUACGGGUCAAUCGACAGUAUUCGUCAACUGAGCCCCGUUUCUGUCGCUCUCUUUCAUAUCCAGACUAUUAGAAUUCCCGAUUUUUGAAGAAAUCACUCAAAAACAGUUGCUUUUCCAAAGACUUAUAACUAGUUAAAACUUGGAUUCAGUUCAAAAUUGUUCGAGAGUUAAUGCUUGAUUUUUUUUUUUCGUUUUCAUGAAGUUAAAUGGCGUAAAAAGUUCUAGUCGCUCCAUUUCAAUAAAGUAAUAAGUUACCGAAAAAAGGAGUCUGUAUAUAAUUUUCAAUGUUGACAGCAAAUCCGCUUGUAUGUGCGCUUGAAAGAUAACGUCUGCAGAAAGUUUUAACGACGUGUAUUUUUUCUCAUUCAAUUUGUGGAAAAAUAGUAAGGAAUGUGUGUUUGAGGCUUUGAAAAAAAAUUUUCUCCCUAAGUUCAGAAUAUAUUUUUUUCUUUUUUGUCUUAAAAUAUUUUGAUCUUUAAUUUUUCCUCUUUCCUCAUGAAUCUAUAUUUUUGACUGCAGACCCUCUUGUAACCUCCUGUUAGGGUCAUCCAUUCUCACAAGAUGUCCAAUUGCGGUCGAUUCAAAUUAGGUGGGGUCUUCCCCUCGUGCGCCCUCUACGUUUCCGCACAUGCCUCGCCGUCUUGCUCAACCGUUCUGUUGUUCAGCAGACCUCUUAUUUGCAUUCUACUUACUUAUUCUAUCCAUACUUGCUUGUGAGCAGCGUGAAAUUUACUAAACAGUCUUUCAUUUUCCAAGUUUUUGAAGUACAACUCACUAUCUUCAGAGCUUCACAUAAUCUCCAUUUUACUCAGGAAAGAGUUAACUAUUUUAUUUUAUUUUUUUAUUCAGUAACAUUUUUUCUUCCUCAUUCUAUGCCUUUCUACCGCUUGAGCGGCGUCGGAGCCCCAAGUCGAUUAGCCGAGGUCCUAUCCUGAUAUGUGAUUAUUGUGAACUGGCUCGAGUGACAUAUCCGUCCUUGUGUGUGACGGCUGGGGAAUUUGAUGUCGUGGUUUCCCACUACCAACAUUUCUUAAACCCCUUGGUUGGGUCGAGGCGGGGAUCGAACUUGUGACCCUAUGGAUCGUAUACAGGCACACAACCUGUUGCUCUUUUCAAGUACUGUAGAGCGCGGUUUCUUUUUUUUUUAGUUUUUUAGAUUUAAUUUUCUACUGUCUCACUCUAUUCGAUUUAGCGCACUCUAAAUCCAUUGCUCCUUAUCAGUGAGUUUUUCAAGAAAUUUGAAGAAUUAAAAUGGAAAUUGAGCAAGAAACAAUUUCUACUAAACAUAAACAUUUUUCCGAUUUAGAUGAAUUCAAUGUUAGUAAUAGUUUUCAAGAAGAAGCUUUAAACUUGGCAGCGGCGCAUCUUGUUUUCCAUUCUGUUUAUCCAAUUUUGAUGUGUCCCUCAGCAUAUGUCGAGAAUGCGAAUGGAUUGCGUGGUAUCGCGACGGGUGGCCGUGCUUUCCAGACGUCGUCAAACCCUUCACGGUUCUGCUCGCGUGCAAUUAUUUAUUUCAUUUUUAUUUUCUCGAGAAAAAACUCCAAUAGUUUAUGCUGCCCUACUGACUGUUUAUGUGAGUAACCCGAUUCAAGGCAUAUAACAACUGGGCGAAAAGCUCAUUGCGUUUAUUUACCAAUAAGAAACCGAGACGCCCCCAAAGCCUCUUUGAUUUGGGGCCAAUGCUCCUUCGAAUGCACAACAGAACACCUUUUUAUUCAUUUAUUUUUUCUUAGGUUUGUUUUUUUCGACCAGAGCUUACGGAAAUUAGAGACAAAAAUUUUUAAUUUUUAACUUGAUCAUUUUUUUUUACUCAUUUGAAAAAGAAACGACUCAUUCGACUGAUUGUCCGCGAUUUUUCUAAACUCGUCUGAGCCUCUCACAGCAAGUUAUUUUUUGUUUCGUAAACACAUUUCUUCGAAUUUUCUGUAGCUGUCAGAUAGCACGAUGCGGAACUUUUCAUGACGACGCCGACAUUUGAGAAAGAGGAAAGAUGGUCGAUGAGGCCUUCUUGCUCUUGUAAUGAUUCCCUGUUCACCAUUUCCGACACCGAGGGCUCGGAUAUCGAAGCUAAUUUUCGGCGCAAAAAUGUCAAGGAUGUCUGGAAACGCAGGUUAAAAUAGUCUUUCUGCAUAGAAAAUGAUAUAAAAGUGAAACCGACGAUGCAAUUCAAAUUUUAUACUUUUUAUCUUACAUUUUCACAUUUUUUUUUUGUUCAGCCAUCGAAGGAGUGUCCAGAACGACAGCCGGAAUUCUUUUUUUGAUGGCGUCAGAAUGACUUCCACACCAAAAAGCCGAGUUAGUUUCCUUCUUUUUCUGUUUUAGUUAAUGACAAAAUCCAACGAUUCAAACUACUCCAGUCUUCAAAUCAAUUUUUUCAAGAAAAUGCCAGAGUGAAAAAAAAAGAGAAAAAAAAGCAGUUCGUAUUCCUCAUUUUUUCUUUAUUCUGAAUAAAGUUUGAAAGUCGCAAAAUGCCCUAUUUAUCGAAGUUAGGCCGCGAGAACAAUUGCAUUCUGUUUGUUUUUGGGAUGGUCACCUUAAUAGUUUAUUUUGUCUCGUUGCCUGUCUAUUUGUUAUUCUUUUCGUGAUAUUCCAGUUUAAAUUUGAACAGAUUCUGCUUCCUAUUGAGAAAAGCGGAGUAUUUCUUCUGUUGAAUAGUAGUUCUCAACUUUUUUCAAAAACUAAACAUCUUCUUCUUUCGAGAGUUUUACUCAGUACCUUUUAAGGUAAUAAAACAGUCUCUUCUGUUUUCGAAUUGGAUAGCUCUAAUAAACUCUAGGAAUUUCGAUUUUCUUAGCAAACAAGAGUCCUAGUCAGCCUACGAAGUAUGAUUAAAGUUAGGUAUGGUCAGUUUCAAGUCUAAAUUCAGCUUGAAAAAUAUGUCUGAACUGGUUUCUAGAUAAUUAAAAUUGUAAAUAAAGUCUCCUCCUGUUGUCUCUAAUUGGAUAGAAAUUGGGCUGACCGGUUUCUGACGUGAACGCAUUCGUCGGGGUCUUCUCAAAAUUAGGAAAUUCGCGAAUCGGAUUUUAAUUGAGAAUGGAUUGAAUGGCGAGAUAACUUUUUGUUUUUCCCACCCAAUUUUCACUCAAAACACUAUUAUUACUCGGUCAAUUAUAUUUAAUGUUGAGUUAAAAUUCAUUUUUUUCUAAAUCCUUUCAUCUAUAAAGGUCCAAAAAAUAGUUGACAAGUAACUCUGUCAUUUUUGUUAACAAUAUUUUAAUAUUUUUUCCGGCACAGAAUUUGCGUUGAUGAUUUAGUGUGUACGAGAAGAUGUUAAGAAGCUACUGAAACGGAUCGCCGCCACCACUGCUGGGGAACAAAUUUUGCGAGAGGAAAGAAAGCUUUUCUGAAGAGUUGAAUGUUCUAAGUUUUUGCGGUCAGGGAACCUUAAUUAGUCCAAAUCGUCUUUAGCAACUAUUUAAUCGCCCUCUAGAAAUGAAAGUCGGACCGACAAAAGCGUUCGUCUGUUUGAUUUCUCUGCUGUCUACUGCGGACUGCACACUUGCUUCUCCAUCUCUGUCUCUCGCUCCUUCGCAGAAUUUGCCUCCCUCCCUGACUUCUGACAGGCGACGUACGUUUGCAUUCCUGUUGUCCUUCACACAUGGCUGUUUUGCUGCUGACCUCACCCAUCCAUUUUUCCGAUCCGUUUUACGGUUUUCAUAAUAGUUUUUACUUUAUAAGUUCCUGUAAGCUGAAUAUUUUCGGAAUAACGAGUUUCAAAAUAAAAAAGAAACGUUUUUUAUCCAGUCUUAAUUAAACUAUCAGGGAGAUUCUUAUCUCGUUUAUUUAUUGCAGCCAGAUGGCAUUGGGCGUGGUGGUGAAUUAUUCGUACUUACCAUUGCAAUGAAAAUACCUACCUUUUGUUUUGACCUUCAAAAAAUCAUAAAAUGUGUUAUUGCUUUGUUUUGAAAACUUACAUUUCAUAAAAAAAUACAGAAUUUUUUAUUUAUUUUUCUGCAAAAUUAGCAAGAACAGAUUAGCGAGAUAUUUUGUCUUUUUGAGCUAUGUUGGAGAUUCGAGGUAGGAUUAGCAAACCGUUCACUAGCCUUAUAAUGUUGAAAAUAAUGUUGAAAAUAACUUGAAAAUCGAUAUUUAUUUGCAACGAAUGCAUAUAAUUGUCCCGUGAAUCGGAUCACAACCGGCGACUUCAUUUUUGCGCGUUUGCGCUGCGCGGCUCUCCAUUGAAUGGAGUUGAAGUGCUCUGUGACGCAGAUGGGCUCUUCUACGGCUCUUUUGUCCUUAAAACGUGCGUUUUUCCAAUUUUCGUUGUUGGAAGUACUGCAAGUUCCACAAGGUUUUCUUCAGAAUCUUUCCAAUCAAUCUUGAUCAGUUGACUCAUGGUUUCCUGUCAAAACUAAGAGGUUGAGGCGGGCGGGCGCCGUACUUCCCUUCUCAUGGUCUUCCAAGUACUGCAAAUAGCUGUCGCUCGUGUCAAGUGACUGAGGGAAUUUACGAACCUUCUAUUUUCAAUAUUCGGGUCGACCCACAUAUGUUUCCGUUAUAGUUAACUUGAACUAACUAAAAUCAAAAGAAUAAACGGGAAAUCUUACAGAAUGAAAAAGUCGAUAUUAGCCCCCUCCCCCAGAGUCGCAAAAAUUUUUUUCUGGUCACUAUACAGCCAAGUCAGUCCUUCUCAUCUUCAAACUUGCGACGCCGCUGUUUUUGCUGAAUUUAUAAGGAGGCUCCCUCAUAGUUUUGUAUUCUGAUUUUCAUAGGCAAACCCUUACUUUUUCUGUAUCAUCGUCAAAAUUUCGCAGAAAAUAGAAAUGUUUAUGGCGAUUGUCAGUGCGUGAAACUGUUGGAAAUUUGAGUGUUUGAUGAAGUUCGAGGCAAAAAGACGUAGAAAGUCUCAUGAAAUGCUAGAGGCGACCAUUUUUGGAAAGUUUUUAUUUAUGAACAGUCCGAUUAGAUAGUUUUCAACUUUUUGGGGCGUUUUCGAGGCCAAGCUAGCGCGUUUUUUGAGAUUUGGGACAUAGAUGAAAAGCUUUAUGAACUCUAGUGAAGCUUUCUUUUUUUUCUUGUUUUCGAGUUGACUUCCAGUUUAUUAUAAGCUAAUUCUACAAAUGAUAAAUGUACGAAUUUGUUAGAUUUGUAACAGACAUAUGAUUGUUCAUAAAACGUAUGGAAACAUUUUCCCAUGGUUUUCCUUUUAUUGCUCCGCCUACACGCUUGGGAUCCAAGUGAAGAUAUUUUCUCAGAAAAAAUUUUUUUAUUCAUCAACGGGAACGAUUUGAACUUGUGAGAAGCGGCCGCCCGUGGACAAAUGUGUGAUUGUGACUCGCCCUUUCGUUGUGAGACAUGGUCUCUCGGAAAAGUCUCCGAUUUCCCAUCGUUUCUUUUCGGCGUUACGAUCACUCCAAUUAUAUAAGAUGGACGGUUCCUCAGCCGAGCUGGCUGAUGUUCUACUUCUCAGUUCUCGCGAUAAGACCGACAGGUGGCCUCGGCUAAUUGAGUUGAAGAUUUUGUCUCAACAAGGUCUUUGUUGAAAGCAACUGAUUUUGCCUCGUUUUCCUCCUAAUUCUUCCGCUUCUCCCCACCUUUCUUUCCCCUUUUUCCGUUGCAUUAGUUUUUUGACUUAUGCGGGUUCAUUUGCCGUUGUAAUCUACUUUCGACCCCUUAAAUCUAACUUUUCCCAUUGAUAAUUAUUUCUGUCGCUCUGCGCAAACAAAAAGGACUUUCAUUUGCGGGCGAGAGCAAUGUUUUGUUAACGCCUUUUUUUUCGCGACUGUCGCCGCACGAAGAGAAGAUUCGUUCCUACCAACGCAUCGUCCUGAACAACAUUUUGUCUCUUUUCCGUUGAAAUGUUCAUCUUUUUUCAAAUGAAUGCGUCAAAAUAAAAUAAGGUUUUUAUAUUUUCAACAAAUCAGAAUCUGGAAAAUUUUCAGGAAUAUUUUUUAUCAACGUUCUUGACAUCUUUAGCUUGCAGUUUUAAACUGAUAGAGGUCCCUCGGCUAAUUUAGUUGAAGUCCGCAUUCCCUAUUUACUGGAGAAUAAAAAAUUUUUUAUCUGAGUUUUUCGAGAAUAGUCUAAUCAAAACUAUUUCAAGAAAAGUUUUUGUAACGAAAGAAAGUUGUUUUGAGAAGUUCUUUUUUUCGAGAAAGUUAGAUCAGUAACUAUUCAAUUUUUUCUUCUUUUUAUACAACCAGUUUUUCCUUUGUUUUCGUAUAUGCCGUCUUUUCGUCUAUUUUGAACGUUGUUUCCAUUCAAAAUAAGAGUUGAUUUCAGCGAAACGAGUUCCCCUCUCCUAUCAAACUAUCAACCAUAGGCGUAGUAAUAUUUCUGUAAGAAAAAAAGCUGCUCAAUAUCAAAAAAAAGCAUCGAUUUUCAUAAUCGAGACUAAAAAAUAAAUACUUUUCUACUUUUUUUUUAAUUCUCUGAUGCACUGCUGCUGCAACGGAAUGAGCCGAUUUUAUAACAAAAUGAUGGAAAAAAUCACGGGGAAUGGCUCGUCCACUUCCUCGCCGAAUGGAGUAACAAAGGCCGCUAAGAACGGUCUACCCGUCGAAAGUCCCAAGUUGAACAACAAGAGAAAACCAGAGGUAAUUUUGCUGCGCCGUUCUUUCGGUUUAAUUUUUUGAUAUUCAUUCUGAGUCUGGAGCAAGAACGAGAAGAUUUAUUACUGAGCGUUGGAUUUUGUCAAAAAAAAGAACUGAUUGAUUAUUUAACCAAGGGAAUGGUAUAAAAUUUUAUAAACCAAAACACAGGUGGCCGUCGCUCCACAACAACAAAAACCGCGGUAUUCUUCUGGUUCUCGGGACGAACUUCAUCUAAGAAAUCCGUUAGUUUUUUCCAUUCUCAAUAGUCACGAAAAAUAAGUUCUUUUCACAGAAACGAACGCAGAAACAGCGGUGGCGCGAACUUGUCGGCGGUUCAGAGUUACAUGCUUAGACAUGGUGGCGAGGAGCGUCUUGGUGAGAACAACAUAAAAAAAAGAAUAUUUUCAAAUGCCCUUUUUUUCAGUUGAUGGACCAAUCACGACGUCCGAAGGCGCUCGGGUAGCCUACUUGGAACGGAAAGUGCGGGAGUUGGAGGAGAUGAUGUCACAGCAGCCGCAGCCGUCGACUAGCGUCCUUCAGCUCACCCCCGUCACACAAGCUAGACGUGCGCACUUCUUCUCUUUUCUCACUUGUUUCGCUAAGGGGAUAACAUUACAUGGCGUAAGCCAUUUUUUUUUUUUUUUUUGAUAACAUUCUUUGAAAAGUUUCUUGUCCGGCGUUUAUCUUCCGUUGUGCGGCGUUCUGCUUUGAACUUCAAAAAAGUUUGUCAGGAUAGAGAUCUCUAGACGAAAAAGUCUCUCAUUAAGGCAUUCGGCGUCGGCGGCGUCUUUGAAACCUCAGCCGGUAACCCCUUUCGGCUAGCCGCCUUUCGUGAUUUGAUAAAGGGAAGGGAGAUCUGAGGAUCCCCGCAGCGUUUUAUUUUCGAUAGCAUUUGCGCAUUAAUGAAAAAAAAAGAUUCGCAAAGCGUAUAAUUUCAAAAAAGUUUACUUUGCUAAGAAAAUUUUAAGAAUUUUUCAUCCAAAGUGGAUAAGACGAAUGUCAUCCGAAUUAUGUUUCUUGUUGCAGUUUCUGAUUCCAGAUGCCCGUAAUGCUCCGCCGACUCAGCUCAUCAUUUCAAAUAAUGGAUCUACGGUAGCUGAACAGAUUAGGUUAGUGAUCAUUAUUUCUAAACCUAAAAAAUUUUUUUUAAGAAUGCAGGAAAUGACUGAACAACUUUCGUCGAAGGAGAAAAAAGUUGCAGAACUAGAGGUUUUUUCUGUCGUUUUGUUCUGAAGAAGAAAAAGUUGGUUUUUCAGAAGAAGCUGUUGAAGGCGUACACGCGUAUAGAGAAGCAGCAGGAGGAGUUCGACGACAAAGUUCGCGGCGUCAUUUCCGAUUCUGAACGAGCAAGAGACGAUCUGACCCGCAUGGUAGAAAGGUACGACUGAGAUUUUUAAGGAGACGAAUGAAAAUUAAUUUCAAUAUCAGGUUUUGGAGCAUUCCAUGACUUUAGUGGUACAAUUUGUCCAAUUUUCGAAGGCAUAAACUUCAUACUUUUUUAAUAUCAAAAGCGAUCACUCGUUGAUCUUUUUGUGCCAUUCAGCUCCGGAUGAUUCAGAAUGCGACAGUUGGAGGCUGAAGCCGAAGUCCUACGUUCGCACUCUGCCUAUGGCGACAACGCGAAUGAGCAAGCCUAUCGGGAACUUCAAGACAAAAUUUGGAAGCAGGUUAGUCUUUCAUUCGACUUCAAGCUCAAAGAACUUCUUUCUAGGACCGAGAGAUCAAGGACCAGCGGAUCCAGAUGGAAAAACUUCGAGGGAAAGAAGCCGAGUUCGAGAAAAUGCGCUCUGAAAUGGUCUACCUCGAAAUGCAGAACGAAGAGCUCAACAAGACUCUCGAGGCUAAGAAAACGGUCGUCGAGGAACUCGAGCGCAAUGUUAACGUUCGUCAAUUUUCGCUAGCUUUUUUUCGUUUUGAAUUCUUAGUAGAUUAAGAAAAAAAAGGGCAGGGACAUGAAUUUACAAGACAUCAAAAUGAAAAUGAAACGCAAAAAAAGCGAAAAUUGAAAUACUUUCAGUCAAUAUCAUCUUUAAUAUUUGUAAGAAACACACUUUCAUUCAGGUCAGAUUAUUUCUAUCUAAUUUAACAUCGACUUUUGUUCUGCCUGAAUUCAAACAACGAUAAAUGAAAAAUGAACAGUUAUCAAUAGGAAUUUGUCUGAACACACUUUAGGCAUUCUAAAUGAGGCUAGAUAGCUGCAGAUUUUCCGCUGGUCUAGGUUGAUCCAAUAGGGAGAUCAAUCGAAAAAAAAUGUUGAUUUUUCUAAUUUUUUUAGUUUUAUUUUUCGCAUACCUUAAACUUUCCUCUGUGCUCUCAGUCACAAGUUUUAUUUGAAAUACAAACUGUUAGAUUCUAGCGCAAGUUUUGCAGACGAUGCGUUUGGAACAGACUCUGUGCCAGCAGUCGUGUUCCUCAGGCUCGACUCCACUAGCCGAAGACAGCGAGUCGAUGGCUGACGUCAUUCGCCCCUCUCUCACUCGUCCUUAUACCAAGGUGAUUGCAAUUAGGUUGAUAUCCCGUUAUCCUGAAUUUUCCGUAUGGAAAAGAUUGAAAGAAACUUCCAUAUGAUUAUUAUAAAAUUGAAUUUAGUUUUCAUGAGUAAAUUUUAGGCUCAUUCGACCUUGGGGUCAAAUAUGUCGCCACUGCCUCAUGCCAAAUCGUCGGGUCUGACAAAGAGUUUCUCCAAUUUUGCCAUCGACGUCACCAAGCGCGACGAUAUAACGGCUGCGAUGAGCAGAUCUAUUAGGUCCGCUUUUUCGUUGCUGAAGGCUUUAGAAGGGUCUUCUUGUCUUUUUCAGUAAUCACUAUAUUUUUUUGAAGAUCUCUGUUUAAAAAAAAUGCCUAAAAAGAAAGUUCAGAAAAAUUCUUGUUUUGAUGUUAAAAAAAUUUUCAGUACUUUUUUCAAUUGGUUGUAUUUACUUUCUCACUCAGAAGAACUGAAAGAAUGUUUUAGGACUCAGCAGCGGCAGAUCACCCUCAGCCGAUUAAUGGUGAGAUGUCUGCGAGAUACGGUGGAAAAGUUGGCGCGAGGUGAAAAUCCCGACGUCUGUCGUUUGUUGGGAAUCAAAAGUUGGUGACUCGAGGGUAGUGCAGAGUUGAAAUUUCCAAUUUCAGCUGACUCCAUGUCGGAAAGCGAAUUCGAGGGCGAACAAACCGCCGAAGAGUCCAAGCCGUUCUCCAUGAUGGCUGCCGAAAAAGCUGUUCGUUUUUUUCUUCCUUCACCUUGAGCUACUUCUUUUCAUGUUUUUUUUUUCAGUUGCACAAGCAGGAACGAGGUCUGAAGGAGCUGGACAGCGACUUGGAGGCGAUCCGCCAGUCGGUCGCUGUCUGGUAUGAAUCGACUUUGGAGCGAAACGGCCAAGGAGACGAAGCUUGCCGAGUCCAAUGA